AUGGAUUCAUCAAAUCAAGAUCUUUAUUUACCAGUCUUUGUGGAAAACAAUGGAUCACCAAACGAGAAUCCACUCGAACACAGCAUUUCAGAGGGAAACAACAAUAAUCUUCCAGAUACAGUCAUCGACACUUCAUCAGAAGCAUCAGAAACGGAACCCAGAAGUUCUGCCUUCAUCGACAUCACUGGCAUUGACAACGACAAGAAUUCACCAAUUCUCGUGGAAAACAUUGAAUCAUUAAAACUGAAAAAAGUUCAAAUUCACAGAACAUCGGACUGGAAUUCUACAGCCUCGUGCGAACAUUGCAGUCAUCAACAUUUACAAAAUUGCUGUUUGUAUAUUAACGACACUCAAGAAGACUUGGAAGAAUAUGCAGCGUUCAAGCACGAAAUUGACCAGCCCUACUACGUCAUGACUGAGAAUGAAAACUUCGAUUUGGAAAUUGGAUCAUCAACACCGCCAUUUUUCCCGUGCUUUUCGAAGGUACCCAAAGAUAUUCCAGAACAUGACAGUCAGCAAGAUGAUCAACAAGCACAACAUUGUGUUUAUCAGACUUCAAAUAUGGCACCAGCGUACGUCCCUCUGCCACAUCUUUAUGCUCCGACUCCAAUCUACAUGAACUGCUAUCCAAUGCCGAACAUCCAUCCAGGACAUGGUUAUGUGCCUUUCGAUCCAGUAGGAAUCAUACAACAUCAACAAUUUGUAAAAUUUUUGGCACAAUGUCCCACAAUUAUGAACCCACCAAAUUUCUAUGUAAAUUAUUGA